CAAUAUUAAAGUCCACAGGUGUGUGCGUUGGACCUGUAACGAAGUACUGCGUGUGUGUCUCGGUUAAAUUGGCGUCCAAACCUGUUUUAACGCCGAGUUUACGUGACGGCUGGGAGUCGCCUGACGAUGAUGUCACGACGUAUAACUGACAGCGUUGACGCCUGAUGAUCAUUAAAAACUGCCAUUAAAAUGAGCGCAGAUGAUUGUUUACUGAGAGACCCAUAAAACACCAGCGCAGUGUGCCUGUCUAAAUAAUAGAGUAACAGAGACAUCGGGGAGUGAAACAUCCGAUCGGCGUGGCAUCUGUUCGGUCCAUCCAGGGUUUUCCCCCUCUACGUGCGACGGGUCUCGGUCCGUCUCGCCUUCGCUCUUCCUGCCACUGAACCUCGCGGCCGGAUGUUGAGUUCAAAUCUUGGAAUGGGACAAACGUUUAGCAUGUAAAUUCAACUUCCUGGAGGUUUUGGCCAUCUUAUAUUUUCUUUUUCACAUUCACAAGCACAAUGUCAAGCAGAAGGAAGUCCACGACCCCCUGCAUGGUGCUUCCAUCAGAUGUUGUAGAGCAAGAUCCUGAUACGGAGGCCCUGGAAGGGAAUGAAGGAGCCGACAGUAUGGCAGAUGGUCCAACUGAGGGAGCAGUGGUGCCCAUGGAAACAGAGACAGAACAUGAGGGAAUCCAUUUCUUGAGUGAGGACUGUCGUUCUUCAGGAAAACGCUCAGGCCAAACGUCACUAGAGCAGCCCAUCUCUGAUCUGAUCGCCGAGGAUGGUUUUGUGCAGACAGAGAUGGAGGAUAGUGAUGACCCCUCAGUUACUGGAAUCCCCCUCAGCAAGACGCCUAUAAUGAAAAUGAAAAGCAAGUCUGAACCCAAGAGAAUAGCUGUGUCUGUAAAAGGCACAAGUGAAAGCGAGGCAGUGACUGAAAGUGAGAUGGAUCCAGAGCCACUGGAAGCAUCGUUGAUGGGCACUUCCAUGGCACCAGAACUCAUGAGCCCAUUGCUCACAGAGUCUGUAAAGCCCAGCGUUCUUGUCAAUAUUACAAACCCUGUGGUAGCAGAUCAGAAGAAGCUGGUUAUGAACCCUGCAACGGUUCUUCCAGCAGGCCUGGCCCAAGUGCUUUCUGCCUUGCAGGCCCAGCAGAGUGCUCAAACUCAACUUCUAAUACCAGUAAGUAGUAUUCCCACAUAUAACUCUGCGAUGGACUCCAAUCCAGUCCUAGUCAACACCUACAAGAAGUUCCCCUACCCGUCUGUGUCUGAAAUCAUGGGACUUGCAGCACAGACCAAGUUCAGUGAAGAGCAGAUAAAGAUCUGGUUUUCGGCUCAGCGUUUGAAGCAUGGUGUUAGUUGGACCCCAGAAGAGGUUGAGGAAGCCAGGAGGAAGCAAUUUAAUGGCACAGUCCACACAGUUCCCCAGACCAUUACAGUCAUCCCAGCCCAUCAUUUUUCCACCACGAACGGCCUGCAGUCUAUUCUUCAGACCUGCCAGAUUGUGGGUCAGCCAGGUCUGGUUCUGACACAGGUUGGCACAGCCAACAGCCUCCCAGUGACCACCCCGAUAACCCUGACCGUAGCAGGAAUGCCCAGUCAAAGCCAGACGCCCAAGAUCGCAACCAAUCAAACAAGCCCUGCGCUCAGUGAAACUAAAAGAGCUACUACAGUUCAGCCCCCAUCGCUGACCCCUCAGGAGAACUCUGCACUCAGUGCCGAUCACUUUGGCCUGCGGCCUAAGAAAUCCAAGGAACAGCUGGCUGAACUGAAAGCAAGCUAUUUGACUAAUCAGUUUGCCAGUGAUGCUGAGAUAGCUAGGCUAAUGAGGUUGACCAAUCUCACCAAGGGUGAGAUUAAAAAGUGGUUCAGCGACACCCGAUACAACCAGCGCAAUUCUAAGAACAGCCAUGCCUUCAUCACGAAUGACAAUCCCAAGGGUAGUAGCAGUGCCACCAUUGUUAUCGACUCCAGCGAUGAAACGCCAGUGUCUCCGACACCAUCACCCGUCAAAGAGAAGGAGACACGUGCCAAAACCUGGAAUCCGUUCCCGGACUUUACACUGCAGAAGUUUAAAGAAAAGACACCUGAGCAGUUGGUGGUCCUAGAGGAAAGCUUUCAGAAAUGUGACACACCCACUGAUGAAGAGCUCAGCCGGCUAAGGGCUGAGACGAAACUUACCAGACGUGAGAUCGAUGCCUGGUUUACGGAAAAAAGAAAAACCCCUGUGCCCGAUUCCGCAGAGUCAAAAGCAGAUGGUGAAACAUCCCAAAAGAAGGGGAGCCAAACUCCACCUGGAGGAAAGAGGCUAAGCAAAGAAAAGGUUACUAAGAAAACUCCAGAGCAGCUUCAUGUUCUGAAAACAGCAUUUGUUCGCACCCAGUGGCCCUCGGCGGAAGAAUACGACCAGCUGGCUGAGGAGAGUGGACUGCCCCGUUCCUACAUUGUCAAUUGGUUUGGAGACACACGCUAUGCCUGGAAGAAUGGCAACUUGAAGUGGUAUUUUUACUAUCAAAGUGGAAACAUGGGAGGAACGAAUGGCAACAAAAACAGAAAACGGAGGAUUAGAAACCGCGGUUGGGGAAGAACCCGUAAUAGAAAAGUGAAGAAGCACACAGAAUUGGAGAAGAAUUUACCAGUCAGGUUCAAGUCUGGAAGGGAUAUUCUGAAGGAGUACUACUUGAAGCACAAGUUCCUAAAUGAACAGGACUUGGAUGAGCUUGUUGCCAAGUCUAACAUGAGCUACGAGCAGGUGAGAGAGUGGUUUGCAGAGAUUCAUCAGAAGGAGGAAAUGGGUACCAAUCCGUUUGAAGAUAAAAUGGGAAAUGAAGACCAAGAUGAGGAGGAGGACGAGUCACAGGGUGAAAAUGAGACUGCGGUUGAGGAGCAAGGACCUGCUUUGGGAGAUGAAGACGGUGAUGAGGAUGAUGACGACACUGAUGACAGCGAUGCCUGGGAGCCUCCACAGAGCGUUCGAAAAACAUUGCCCAUGUCUGAGGGUCAGUGAUCGUUGUGAAUUGGCUUUAUUCUGCGCAAUGGCCCUAAGUGAAAAAAUAUUACAGUGUUGGGUCUCGACCACAUGCCCUCUACCACUGCACCAAUUCUUCUUAUAUUCUAUGUAGUUUCACAUAAGGUUUAACCAGAUCUUAAAGAUCAUAAACAUUGAGGAGAACCAUUUUUGGUCAGAAUGUUUGACUACAUUCAAAGAUUGAGAAGUCAUCCACAUUAACAGGGUUUUUUUUUUUCUCCACGGCUCUGAAGUGCAUCCCUGAAAUAAUAUUAACAAUGUCAUGGAUACAAUUUUAACUUAUGUCUACAAGAAUUGAUCAUGCACCUUAAACCCUUGUACAUGCAAAGUAAUCCUAGGCUUUUCUAUAGGGUCUUUUUUCAAAUGGGCUUUUUUUAUUUGGAGUCAAAUGGAGAACACUUAGUGCCAAAGGUAUUGUAUUGAAUGUUAUGGUUCUCUUAAUAAUGGGCACAGUAGCUAAUUAAUGGAAUAUGCAUGAAUACAUUGUGUCACCUUGAAUACAACUUUAGCCACCUUAUUUGUGUAGGGCAAGACCAAACAUUUCAAGUUGAAUUUUCAAAUUCAGUGACAUGCAAGUGUUUUAUCUUUCAUUCCCAGUGUUUUAUCGUCUACAUACUGACCAUGGAUAUCUGAUAUACAGCGCAGUACAUCCCAGCAGGAAGUUGUAGGUGUUUCUGUAGUCCCAUUAACCGGGGUUAAUGGGGGUCAUCUUAAAACAAUAACGGCUAAUAAUCAUCUUGCUGAGAAAGUUAUUUUGUGGAAAUAAACAGGCGAUGUGACUGUUUUGCAGUUUUUCAUCUGGACAGUUUUCAAGUAUUUUCUAAAAUUCAAUGGGAACAUGGGGAAUUUUUUUUUUUUUUUUGGUGGUUGUUUGCUGUUUGUUCAUUUUUAAAAUGAGAUCUCCCACCGAUUUCUCCUCUACACAGUUCAUAAGCCUGCAAGCUAAGGGGACUUUCAUUUGCUUGGCACAUUUUAACGGAUCAUGUUAAGAAAAAAAUGUGUAUAUGCCCUAAUCAUGAAGUGGUAUGUUUUCCAUCUUUAUGACUGCUGCAGAAUCUUUUUUGAGGAAUAUGUUUUUUUUUCCCAUUAAUACCUUGCUUUUGUAGGACUAAAUGAAGCAUGAACUAUUGAUGAAUAAUUACCACAUGGGUGUAAUUUGAGGUUGUCUUUUUAUAUUUGCGCAUGAGAACCGCACUAUGACUGGUACUUUUAAAAUCACCCCUGUGUAAGACAUUCACCAUCUUCAUUAUAACAGCAUGUAUCUGACAUUUAGUAGAACGAUGGAGGAAAAAAAGUGUUCAGUUUGUACAAAUACCUUUAUGCUCAACCAGUAGUUUAAAUCCUUUUAUAAGUUUGUAUUUAUA